AUGACAACUGUUCCUCCACGCCGCCGUGAAGACUUCACCGUUGCAGUAAUCUGCUCUCUUCCCCUCGAGGUUGAUUCUAUUGUCCUAAUCUUCGACGAGCUGUGGGACGGACUCGGAAACGAGCUUGGGAAAGCUCAAGGGGACACAAACAACUAUACCCUAGGUCGAAUCGGCAGACACAACGUCGUCCUCGUCCUCCUCCCCGGCAUAGGCAAGGUCAAUGCGGCGAGCUCUGCAGCCAAGAUUAGAUCUUCCUAUGGCUGUAUCAGGCUGGCUAUUUUGUGCGGCAUCUGCGGUGGCGUACCCAACGCUGGUGGUGGAGGAGAGGUUUUACUUGGGGAUGUCAUUAUCAGCAAAAGUCUCGUUCAGUAUGACCUGGGGCGACGGUUCCCGGACAGAUUCGAGACCAAACACGGCGUGGAAGACAGCCUGAGCCGGCCAGCCAGAGAGAUUCGGUCAUUCCUCGUCAACUUUGAGACUAUAAGGCGAAAGCGGAACUUGGAACAGGAAAUCUUCGAAAACCUCUCACAAAUCCAAAACAAGGCAAUCGGAAAGGACUAUUCUGUCGAGUACAGUCGGCCAAACGAUGAAGAUGUACUCUUCCAGUCCGACUACACCCACAGGCACCGGGGAGAAUGGGACUGCGACUGUCGGGAGUCUCGUGUCUGCGAAGAGGCCAUGCAAGCUACGUGCGCCGAACUCGGCUGUGAUGUUGGCCGUCGAGUGCCUCGAACACAUCUCCAGAGUCAGGCCGAGCAUCGGCAGCCUCGUGUUUUCCUUGGGUCGCUUGGAUCAGGGGAUACUGUCAUGAUGUCAGGGAGAGACCGAGAUCAGAUUGCAGCAGAACACAAACUCGUCGCGUUUGAGAUGGAGGGCGCUGGAGUCUGGGACAACUUACCCUGCAUUGUGACCAAGGGGGUGGCCAACUAUGCUGACAGUCACAAGAACAAAGCUUGGCAACACCAUGCUGCUGCCACAGCCGCGGCGGCAACAAGAAGCCUUCUCGAUCAAUGGGUGCCCGCGCCGUCGCCCAUUGGUCAAGCUAGACAAGUCGAAGAGGCGGAUAACCGUGCUAGGCUGGGAGAGAACUUGACUAGGUUGGGAGGAAGAGACAGAGCACAGCAGCAGCGAGUAUCUGAAAACGAACGAAGGACCACUCGCAGAGGUUAA